AUGACCACAAUGACCACUGUCUCACGAACACCUUAUCAUAAUAACUUAUUUGAAAUCGAUAAUUCUUUAAAAAAUCUUUUGAAUGAAUUCAAAAAAGUCAAAAAUCAAGAAAUCAAAAAUAAUCUUCGAGUUUCUAUUGAAACUGGUCUAGUUCUUUUAAAAAAUAUCAAAGAAAUCGCGAAAACUUCUUAUUUUUCUACUCCUUUAAAUAACUCAAUUGAAAAAUACUUGGAUAUUAUUAACAACAUUGAAAAAGAUUUGGAAAAUUUAAAUUUAAAUGAAGAAAUUUCGGAAGAUUUGGAUUCAAACUUGCAAGAAUUUUGGAAUCAAUUGAAUUCGUGUGCAAAGGAUUUACAAGAAGAAAUCAAUUCCAAUAAUGACAACAACGCCAAUCAAAACCUUAAUAUAGAAUGCAUUAAUAAUAAUGAAGUUAAUACAGUAAAUAAUUGCAAUUUUCGAAAAAAAGCUUGGAAUUCAAAUAUUACAAGCAAGAUCAAAGCCUUUGCGAGAUUAAUAACGUUGGGUAACAGGGAACAUGAAAUCGAAAUUAACUUUAAAGAUUCCAUAGAUGAAGGGAAACGUAACGUAAAAAAGAUCUUUUAUAAAGGAAAAUUUGUUGCGGUUAAAGAAUUUGGAUUGUAUAAACAGAAAGGGAUUGAACCAAAGGAAUAUAUCGAGGAAAUUAAAUAUGUUAAAGAAAUUGGACGAGGAUGUGAAAACAUACUUCCCUUUUAUGGCUAUUGUCUCCAAAAACAACCUUGUUCUUUCCAUUCUGUUACUCUCUGGGCAGAUUAUAAUCUCCAAGAAUAUCUUCAUAAACAAAAGAUUUUAGAUUGGAAUACUAAAAUUUCAAUUGCUCGUGGAAUCGCCAACGGAUUAAGACACGUUCAUAAACAAGGAAAAUUUCAUUAUAAUGUCACAAGUAAAAAUAUUCUGUUAACAAGUAACCUUGUCCCAAUGUUAUACAAUUUUUGUAUUAAUAAAGAAGAUCCUUACAUGUUGCUCUCAGUAGAAUUUUCUCCAAAAAGCGGAUGGACUGCACCGGAAAGAUUUGGUAAUAAUAAUAUCAACGAGUAUCAUGCUUCCAGUGAUGUCUACAGUUUCGCCAUAGUUCUUUGGGAAAUUGCUCAUCAAAAGUUACCAUUUAAACAGGGAACAUUUCCAAUUGAUCUUCGAAACAAAGUUCUCGAUGGAGAACGUCCAGAACCUCGAUCAUCGAAUGAAAUUCCUGAAAGAUAUCAAGAUCUUAUUGAAAGAGGAUGGGAUCAAAAACCUGAGAAUCGACCUUCUAUAGAAAAAAUAGUUGAAGAACUUGACUUAUUGAACUCAUAUCUUAAUGCACCGAAUCGGGAAGAUAAUAUUACAGUAAACAAAAAUGAAAAUCGCAUUCGCAUUAUUACCAAUAUUCCCAAUACUCCUAAUAUUCUCAAUACUCCUAAUACUCCCAAAACUCCCAAUAGGAGUAGCACUUUCGAUAGUUACUUCCCAGCCUUAUCUCCCGAAAUUCAAAAUUCUUCCUAUAAAACAUUCUUUAGUAACUUUGUUUCUUUUAAAAAAUCACUUCCCGAUUCAGCCAUUGAAUAUCAUAAGAAACAACGAUACUCUAAGUCAUGGGAAAUAAUUAAGAAAUAUUUAAAUGUAAAAAAAAAUGAUGCAAAAACUAAUUUUUUAGUGGGAUAUUAUUAUCUCAAAGGAUAUAACAAUGAUAAUGGAAAGGGAAUUCCGGAUUAUAAAGAAAGCUUGAAAUAUUUAUAUCAAGCAGCUAUUGAGGAAUAUUCAGAUGCUCAAUAUUGGUAUGCCAGGGUUAUUCUAUUUCAUCAGAAAGGAUCAUCAAUUCAAAUGAAAGAUCAAGCUAUGAAAUUUUUGAGAGAUGCGUGUUCGCAAAAACAUAGUGAUGCUAAUUAUCUUUAUGAAAAACUUUUAAAUCAUAUCGAGAAUGUUGGUCUUAUUGAUGAGAUACAAAAUUAA